AUGUCUUUCGCCGCGCCGAUUGCCUCAACCUUCUUCUCCCGCAUCUUCCGCCCCUUCUCUACCAGCGCGCCCAUCCUGUCCGUGACCCCUGAGUCGCAAGCCCGCAAUAUGUCCACCACCACUGAGAAGGCCACCGUCGCCGCGGGUUGCUUCUGGGGCGUUGAGCACCUGUUCCGGAAGCACUUUGGCAACGGGAAGGGUCUUUUGGACGCCAAGGUUGGUUACAGUGGUGGCCAGGCUUCGUCGCCUUCUUACCGUGCUGUGUGCAGUGGUGAUACUGGCCACGCCGAGGCUCUCCAGAUUUCCUUUGAUCCCUCCGUCGUGAGCUACCGCCAGCUCCUCGAGUUCUUCUAUCGCAUGCACGAUGCGACGACGCUGAACCGCCAGGGUGGGGAUAUCGGCACUCAGUACCGUAGUGUGAUCUUCACGCAUGGUGAGGAGCAGCAGAAGAUUGCGGAGGAAAUUACGGAUAAGGUUAGCAAAGAGUGGUACAAGAAGCCUGUUUCUACUCAGGUUGUCCCUGCUGGUCAGUGGUGGGAUGCCGAGGAGUAUCACCAGCUGUACCUGAACAAGAACCCGGCUGGAUACGAGUGCCCUGCUCACUUCGUGCGACCUUUCCCCCCUCUUUCAGAGUGA